AUGGGUUUAGGUGCAAGUUCAUGUCGUGAUAAUGAUGAUCUUAUUGAUAAGUUGGUCGAAGGGAAAUUGGUUACAUCGAAGAGCGUCGAAUUAGUUGAUCGUUCGCUUUUUUUUCCGAAUGAUUCGAAAUCAUUUGCCUAUAAAGAUGUUGCGUGGAAAAGUGUUGCUGGAUCUCCAGGUCAUUUACAUAUUUCAGCACCGUGUAUUUAUGCGAAUGUACUUGAACAUUUGGAACUCGAAAAAGGUUUAUCGUUUUUAAACGUGGGCUCGGGAACUGGUUAUCUCAAUACUGUCGUUGGAUUUUUUCUUGGCAGUAAUGGCUUGAAUCAUGGAAUUGAAUUGCAUCCGAAUAUAGUGGAAUUUGCACGCGCGAGAGUAUUUGAUUUUUUAAUUAGACCGGAAGUACAGUGUUAUGAUUGGGCAAUUCCGAGUUAUUCAAGUGGUAAUGGAUUAAUGCUCCAUCCUAUAUACAACUGCAAAUAUGAUCGAGUAUAUUGUGGCGCAUCGGUUCCAGAGUCGCAUCGAGAAUCUUUAUGGGAUUUGCUUAAAGUUGGUGGAGUUUUGGUGAUGCCUUUCGAUGACCAGGUAAUAAUGAUGCUUUUCGCUUUAGUCGUGCAUUUUAAAUAUUCUUUCAUUUUUCUUCUCACGAGGCCCAAUUUCAUCUCUCACUUAAAACGGAUGCUUCUUUUUGUGCUUUAG